CUUUUUUUCAAAUCGUUAUAGUCAACUCAGACGACAGUAAAAGUUGAAGCGAUUAAUAAAAUAAAAAAUUUCAAGUUAUAAUAUAAUAUGAGGAUUAUUUUAUUUGUGUGUUUGGCUAUUGCCAGUUUGGCUUUACAAGGCCAUGCUUUAGCAAUCGGGCAUUUGAAAAACGUCGAAAAAAUCUCAGAUGAAAGCAAAACUGUCGAAAAUGAAGUUCCAACGGAAGCAACUGAUGAAAUCACUACUGUCACCCCUGAAGUUUUAAUUGACGACAUAAUGACAAAUAACAUAAACGAUGGACCAAACAGCGAUGAAAUCGAGAUUUUUUUGAAAUCCAAAAACAUCACUAAAGAUACAGUAGACUUAGAGAUCUAUCAGCAGUUAAUUUCAAGUUUAUUGAAAAUUUCAUCACGAUUAAGUGAAGCUAAUGAAUACGUAAUUGAUAUAGAAAAUAUUUUCGACUAUCUGUUUGAUCCUUAUGACGUAGAAGCUUUUAUCGAACACUUGGACAUUAUUGCAUCAUUAAUCCAUGAAUACAAUGGAAAUCAUGCAGUAACUGAAGAAAUCGUUGAUGAAGUAAUUAUUGAUGAAAGUUUGCCGGUUCCAGCUACAAAUCUAUCAAACGACACUAAAACUAGUGAAGAUAUGUCUGAAACCAACAACGACAUUGAAAAAACUACAGAACCCAUCGCUAAAGUUGAGAAACCUGUAGAAAUUACCGUCUAACCGAAAUGUAACAAUUUCACAAUCUAAUUAAGUGAAAAAUGUAUAUCAAUAUCAUAUAGUGGAUUUUAAUGAAAUAAAUUUAACGUCCAAUUGGAUGCGUAAUGACAA